AUGGGGAGGACAGUCGUCGGGGCCAGCAGGAUGUUCUGGCUAACGCAUUUCGUGCCGCUUCUUCUGGCGCUCCGCCCCAAUGAGCCCGCGCACGCCCUGGCACCCGGAUCGAGCCGAGUUGAGCUGUUUAAGCGGCAAAAUUCGACGGUGCCGUUUGAAGACAAGGGCAAAGUCCGACAGCGAGUUGUCCACUCGUUCCGCCUCCCCGCCCUUGUUAAUGUGGAUGGGGUGAUGGUUGCCAUUGCAGACGCUCGCUACGACACAUCCAAUGACAACUCCCUCAUUGACACGGUGGUGAAGUACAGCGUGGACGAUGGGGAGACGUGGGAGACCCAAAUUGCCAUCAAGAACAGUCGUGUAUCGUCUGCUUCUCGUGUGGUGGAUCCCACAGUGAUCGUGAAGGGCAACAAGAUUUACGUCCUGGUCGGAAGCUACAAUAGUUCGAGAAGCUACUGGACGUCGCAUGGUGAUGCGAGUGACUGGGAUAUUCUGCUUGCCGUUGGUGAGGUUAAGAAGUGUACUGUGGACGACAAGACGGCUGCGAGUAUCAAAUGGGGGAGCCCCGUGUCACUGAAUGAAUUUUUCCCGGCAGAAAUGGAAGGAAUGCAAGCAAAUCAAUUUCUCGGCGGUGCGGGUGUUGCCAUUGUGGCGUCCAACGGGAAUCUUGUGUACCCUGUGCAGGUUACGAACAAAAAGAAGCAAGUUUUUUCCAAGAUCUUCUACUCGGAAGACGAGGGCAAGACGUGGAAGUUUGGGGAGGGUAGGAGCGCUUUUGGCUGCUCCGAACCUGUGGCCCUGAGUGGGAGGGAAGCUCAUC